CGGCAAUUGAAAAUGUCCAAAUUACAGAAACUCUGCUUUUGAGGUUCGACAAGAAAGUCAACCAUUGAAGCCCAAUACAAAGGGGAGGUGAGAUAAGAGUUUUUUUUUCUUAAGGGAGAAAAAAAAACAAAACAGAAAAUUAAGUCUCCUCGUCGUCGUGUUCCACUAAUUCCGUCGUUUUACCGAAGACUUUCACGAAGACGUGGCGGACUCUGUCAUUUUGUUGAUACCCCUUCAGUCACGGUGUUAUUCCUACGGUAGACACCCCCAAGGUCGAGUCUUUCUCGUUUCUGAAAUCUGGGUUCUGCUCUUGGAGGCCGGAAGAUUGAAGCGGAUGCUGCCGAGCCAGUUGAACAAAUCGGAAUUGUUGUUUAAUUAAGCAUCUGCUUUCAUGGAGAGGCUUUGCUGCUUCGGUUCUUCAGAUUACGAUCUUGCAGUUGGGCGGUCAUCUGCUAGCUCUGGAAAAGGGAAAAACGGCCAUGGCAAGAUCAAGUUUGGUUACAGCUUAGUGAAAGGAAAAGCCAAUCAUCCAAUGGAGGAUUAUCAUGUGGCCAAGUUUGUGAAAAUGGGUGGUCAUGAACUCGGUCUGUUUGCUAUCUACGAUGGCCAUUUGGGUGAACGUGUUCCAGCGUAUCUACAGAAACAUCUAUUCUCAAAUAUCCUCAAGGAGGAGGAUUUCUUACGUGAUCCACACAGAUCAAUCAUGAAAGCCUAUGAGAAAACAGACCAGGCGAUUCUCUCGCAUACCUCUGACUUGGGCCGAGGUGGUUCAACUGCAGUAACCGCUAUUCUGAUAAACGGGCGUCAUCUGUGGGUGGCAAACGUGGGUGAUUCCCGAGCUGUUCUAUCUCAAGGCGGUCGGGCAAUUCAGAUGACCACAGAUCAUGAACCACACACCGAAAGAAUGAGCAUCGAGGAUAGAGGAGGCUUCGUAUCAAACAUGCCAGGAGAUGUCCCUCGGGUUAAUGGUCAGUUAGCCGUUUCCCGUGCUUUUGGGGACAAGAGCCUUAAAACCCAUCUAAGAUCAGAUCCAGACAUACAAGAUACCACGGUAGACGGUUACACAGACAUUCUUGUUCUGGCAAGCGAUGGUCUAUGGAAGGUUAUGGCUAACCAAGAGGCCGUGGAUAUUGCAAGGAGGAUCAAAGAUCCUUUGAAAGCGGCGAAAGAACUAACAGCCGAAGCAAUCAGAAGAGAUAGCAAAGACGACAUUUCUUGCGUUGUCGUUAGAUUUAGGUGAUGGAAUCUUUUCGAACAUCCGAAUAAACAGGUCAGAUUCCGACAAGGCUUUCAUUCCAACAAGAAAAGUCAUGUGAUUCCGCAGAAUUGGAGAUGGUGGAGGGUUAUCUUUAUUUUUCCGGUGUAUAAUUCCGGUGGUUGUUAGUUUUCCGGCGUCCUGUCUGGUAUUGGUUUUGAUUUUUGCUUUUUUGAAAGUGAACCAUGAAUGAUGUUUGUGUAUGAAACUUCUCUUCUGCAUUUGUUCAGAGAAACUGGUGGGUGUGUGUAGAUAAAAAAAAGCACAUUUUUUUCUUUGCUUUGUUUAUUGGACAUAAAAACAUGUUUUCUUGUAAUGGGAACUUGUAUUUUCUGUUAUGCACUUUGUGAAAUUCUGUUA